AUGGGCUAUCAGGGCAACUUUAUCGCUCAUCUUCCGGGCCACAUCCUCUAUCUCACCGCCGCCAUCUUCCUCGCUCUGGUAUCCUUCAACACUCCCCUCUUGAAAUCGUUCUACUUCCUCAAAGCUACCUACAGCCAGGGAGCCAAUGCCGGGAACGUCUCGUUUGGAACGUUGGGAUAUUGCUUGAAUCAAGCUGGCGGCGGGCAGGUAUGCACAGGGCCGAAGAUUGGCUAUGAAAUCGAUUUGAAUUCGAUAUUCGGGAUCGAUGGGGCAGGAUUGAUCAAGAUCCCGGCGGCGAUCGGCAAGUACCUCACGUACGUCCUGAUCUUGCACAUCGUCGCCCUCGUCUCGUGCGUCGCCACUGUCGUGUUCCGCCUGAUCGAUACUGUCGACAACGUCUCGCUGCUCUGCUUUCCGGCUCUGCUCUCGUGGUUCACCUCGGCGUGCACGUUCGCGGCCUUUAUCGUCGAUCUCGCCAUGUUUUACAUAGCCAAGGCCCGUAUCGACUCGGUAGACGGGGCUUCGGCCAGUAUCGGCGUGAGCGUAUGGUUCACCCUCGUCGCUUGGGUCUUGCCGGUGUUCGCGAGCUGCUUCUGCGGUAUCAGCCAGGUCGAAGGUCGACGAAGUCCAAAGGCUCCUAGGCAUGACGAUCAAGCGUAUCCUCAGAGUGCCGGGGGAUACGCUAGGGUCCCCGGUCCUCCGCUGAAUACGUACGGAGAGAGGGAAGUCAGCGUACCCUUGAACGCAAACGGGAACCAAGACCUCGAAGGCAAGAAGAGCGGGGAAGACGAUAACCCUUACGGAGCGAACAACCAUCAACUGGGAUACAGCUCGAACGAUCAGCAUUAUCAGCCUCGACGACAACCCAGUAGCAGCUAUACGCACGGUCAGGACCAUGGGACUUAUCCGCCUAGGGACCCGUAUUCGACGGGAUGUUAUCGCGAAUAUGGAGCAGAGCAGGAUGGAGACUUGGGUGCUGGGGCGGCCGGGACUUACGCAGGGGUGGGAGCCGGAGCGGCAGCAGUAGGAGGAGGGAUGGCUUAUGGGAAUCGGACCGGGUCAGCGCAAGGCCACGGAUAUGAUGGGUAUCAGCAGCAGCCGCAACAGGCGCAACCUCAAGGUUAUGGGGCUCAGGCGGGGUACGAGCAGUAUCCCGCUCAAGCGAGCUACGACCAACAUGCGGUGUCGCAGUCGUACCCGUAUCAGCAGCAGCACGAAGCGGUCGAGCCUUGUGAGUUUCGCGAGAUUGCAUCGAUUCCGUGCAGAGUUCGAGGAGCUAAUUCGUUGGUUCGUUGA